GGUGGCGGCGGCGGCCAUGUCCACCUCAUCCCGACAAACUCAAUCGCCGUUGGCAGGGAGAACAACAAAAUGGGAAAGAAGUUGGUGUGGAGGUACCUCAAUUGACAGAGAUAGUUGGUGACAGACAAUUCAAGUAUGAGGCUGACAAGCAAAUCUCAGCUCUGGUUGGUCAAUCCAAGGGAGAGCAUCAAAAUGGGCAAGAGGUUGCUGUGCUGUUGCGUCAAUUGACAGAGAGAGUCGGUGACAAACAAUUGCAGGAUGAAACUGAUAAGAAAAUCUCAGUUUUGGUUGAUCAUUCCAAGGAUAUUAGCAAUGCCUUGUAUGAGUACAACUCAGAAUAUCCAGGAUAGGUGGCCCAAAGGUUAAAACUAGAUUUUCUCAAAAAGAUUACAAACAAUUUCUCUUCCGAGAAAAUAAUUGGUAAAGGAGGGUAUGCAACCGUUUACGAGGGAGAGGACGAAGAUGGGAGAGUUAUUGCCGUGAAGAAGCUUGUUAUCACAUCGAAUGUGGAUUCAAAGCAAUUUGAAAAUGAGGCUCGACAUCUUUCAACUCUCACACACCAAAACAUAGUAAAGCUUGAAGGCUACUGCUACGAAGAAGAAAUCCAUGUAAUUCAGCAUGAGGGUCGUGGAAUUAAGGCAGCUGACAUAUACAUGUUGCUAUGCUUUGAGCACAUGCGCGGAGGAAGCCUUGACAAGCAUCUAUCAGAUGCAGCUUGUGGACUUAAUUGGUCACAACGUUACAAAAUUAUUGAGGGGAUUUGCAAUGGUUUGCAUUACCUUCAUGAGGGCAAGGAAGGUUCCCCUAUUAUCCAUAGGGAUCUCAAACCUGGUAACAUAUUAUUGGAUGAUGACAUGAUACCAAAGAUCGCGGACUUCGGUAUUUCAAGACUCAUCGGUGAGGACAAGACUCAUACACGCACAUUUGCCAUCAUAGGUACAUGGGUAUAUUUGUCCCCAGAAUUUAAACAAAACGGCAUGAUCUCCAAAAAGUUAGAUAUAUACAGUUUGGGUUUAAUUAUCAUCGAGAUAAUAAGCGGAAAAAGGAUCUACUGCGACAACAUUGGAACGCCCAAUGAGGAAUUUAUUGAGUUACUUGAAAAGUGGCGAUCAAGGUUGCAGAAAGAAGGAUCAAUGGAAGAUAACUACUCACAAUUAUAUGCAUGCAUCAUAUUAUCUAUGGAUUGCAUGGAUAAAGACCCCCAGAAAAGGCCGACCACAGAACAAAUAAUUGAUACACUUAAUAAAACUAAAGAGUGUCAGUUCCGCAGUGGAGGAUCCUUCCAUCUUCCGAACACCUUGGCGUUGCCUUCUCUCGAAACGUAUGAUGGAGACAACAGCCAAUAUAAUUCAGAGAACGAGUUAGAAGGUGCCAGUCCAUUACCAAUUGAGUUAAGUUUGCAAUUCUUAAAAGAUAUUACCAAGAAUUUCUGCAGCGAACUAGAAAUUGGCCAAGGAGUGAGUGGAGUGGUUUAUCAGGGAGUGCAUCCGUGCGGGGAAAUAAUUGCUGUAAAAAGGCUUCAAAAAACUAUAAGAGGUGGAGAAAGACAAUUUCGUAACACUGUUGGUGAUCUUUUGGCGCUUGAGCACAAAAAUGUAGCGAAGUUAAUAGGUUGCUGCUACGGAGUAGAAAGAGAAGCGGCUGCCUGCAACAGAGGCUCUCUUCAUGCGUACAAGCAAGAUAAUUUUCUGUGCUAUGAGUAUUUGCGCGGUGAAAGCCUUGAUAAGUUCAUUUACGAUAAAUCUCGUAAAGUUAACUGGGACAUGCGCCUUAGAAUUAUUAAGGAGAUUUGUGAAGGGUUACAUUUCCUACAUGUGGAGUCAGGCAGAGACAUUAUUCAUCUCAAUCUUAAACCCAGUAGCAUAAUUCUGGAUGAUAAAAUGAUUCCAAAGAUUGCUAAUUCUGGUCUACACCGUCUAUUUGGACAAGAGCAUACCCCGCCACAGGCUCAAGAUAUUUCAGGACGAUUAGUAUACAUGGCUCCGGAAUAUUUAUACUGUGGGGAAGAAAAACUUGAAUCAGACUUGUACAGUUUAGGCCUUCUCAUCAUGGAGGUCGUAACAGGAAACAGAAGCUGCUUUAAUGAGGAUGGUCUACUUCCAUGGCACUUCAUUGGGAAUGUGCGUAAAGACUGGACAAAUACAUCGCACAUUAAGUCGGAAUACCCAUCAUUAAACACAGAGGGUCUCAAUCAGGUAAAAUGCUGCAUUGUGAUUGGGCUUAAGUGUGCUGACAUUCGUCCAAAGGAAAGGCCUCGUAUAGGAGAGGUUCUAAGUGCGCUUGGCAAGAUAUGCCCUGUCCCCACUGAGCUCAUUGGCGUCUACCCCCUUCAGCUUUGUUUCCCAUUCAAGCGAAACAGGAUGAACUGCUGUUUUCUGCACCUAACUAACAUGACAGACGACCGCGUCGCUGUUAGGCUUCUGUCGGAUAAUCGGAAAAGGUGUAUGGCUCGCGGCGUUGCGCCACCAAGAUCCACAUACACCCUCGUAGUGUCUAUGCGCAAGCCAGUGAACAGCGGCGAAUUCUUCACCCUAGAGAGCUGCAUUGUUGGUGAGGGGGGCCUUAACCUCAAGGAUGUAGACCUUGAUUUGACCAACAGAGAGUUUCAUGACUUUUUUAAGGAAGCCCAAGCUUCAUGUACGAAGAAGGUGCAUCAGCAGAAACUGGAGGUCGUUUGUGGCGCUCAAGAUGAGCUAAUCCAGCCUGGAAUCGAGAUCAUAUCCAAGACGAACUUCCCUCAGGUGUUGUCUGUGGAUGUGCAUCCGACAGAGCCAUGGAUAAUGACAAGCCAUCAUGGGGGUCAAAUUUUCAUUUGGGACUACCAUACACAGGCAAUUCAGAUCUCUGUCGAAUUAUCAGAGGAAUCAGUUUAUUCAGCAAAAUUCAUUGAAAGAGAGCAAUGGCUUGUGGCCGGUGACGAUGACGGGGACAUAUAUGUUUACAGUUAUUGUACACGGCAAGAAGUCGCGAGCUUCAGAGGUCAUCAUAGUCGCAUUGAGUCUUUGGCUGUGCAUCCAAGUCGUCCUUUUAUCGUCUCGUCAUCAUCUCAUCUCAUUGAGCUUUGGAAUUGGGAGAAUAACUGGGAAUGCACCCAUACGUUUAAGGAGCAUUCCGACAGAGUGACACAAAUAACAUUUAACCCAGUGGACACCAACAGUUUUGCCAGUGCCUCCUUAGACCACACAAUCAAGAUCUGGAACGUUUCCAGUCCAAAUAGCACAAUCACAUUGUCUGCAGAUGGCCUGCAGUCUCUUCGUUACAUCAUAAAUGAUAUUGGUCAGUUUUUGAUUAGUGACUCUCAAGAUGGGACCACAAAGAUCUGGGACUUGGAUACGCACAAAUGCGUCCAGACGUUCAAAGGACAUGCAAACCAUCUUGGUUCGUUAUAUCGACAUUCAGAUCUCACGGUAUUAGUUAGUGGUUCACUCGACGGGACUGUUUGUUUUUUGAACCCCAUCACUUACAGGACUGAGAAAAUAAUUGGUCUCAACCUCGGCGCAGUUUAUGCUUUUGGGUAUUUAACAGAAUCAAAAAGGAUUGUCGUUGGAUGUCACCGGGGAAUAGCAAUAAUUGAACCGGAUUUGCUAUGAAGACAUUGUUGCUCUCAAAAGGAGGUUGUUAAUAAAAAGCAGAGUUGUUUGGGUGCAUGUUUUUAGAAUAAGAAUCAUUUUGUGGUACUUGGUUUAAAGGGUUAUCUAACAUUUUUCUGGAGAACA